CGGUUAAGCAGAAGUAUUGAAAGUUGUGAAGGGUGAUAGGAAGUUCAGAGCAUGAAAAAGUGCAGUCGCUUAAACCUACCGCAUGGUCAUACGACAAACUAUGAUGAAGACACUUGCCCGUUUCCAUUAAACGGCUUCAGAUACUUCGCGUCCAGAGCGCACUCUGGGUUCGUUUUCAGUCGAACCGGCAGUUGAACGGCAGACUGUUGAAUUUGACGACGUUGCCGGGACUUGACAGGGAUAUGCGCUUUGUGGACGGUGUGCUGAACCAAAAGACAGUCAGCAGCAGCAGCAACUUUGUGUCCAGACUGACUAAAUCUCAUUCCACACAAGAGUGAAGAAGAAAGACGCGUCUCGAGCUGCAGCACGUGUAGGAUUUUCGUGCGCAAUUAAAAGUUGAGACUGUUUGUAGCGCAUGGACACAGACCUGGCUAUGGUGGAGCAAACGCACAUCAGCAACAGCAACAGCGACGUGCUCCCCGGCGAUUCUAUUGAUUCGGGGGAGAUGGACCUAGACAUGGACGCGUCUCAGACCCCCGGCUCCCCAAACUCAGCUGGGGAUAAAAUGGACAUCGCCUGGUGCAAAACCCCAUCGGGGCACAUCAAGAGGCCGAUGAACGCGUUCAUGGUUUGGUCGCAGAUAGAGAGGCGCAAGAUCAUGGAACAGUCGCCGGACAUGCACAACGCGGAGAUCUCCAAGAGACUCGGCAAGCGCUGGAAACUUUUGAAGGACAGCGACAAGAUCCCCUUCAUCCGCGAGGCCGAGCGUCUGCGGCUCAAGCACAUGGCAGACUAUCCUGACUACAAAUAUCGACCUCGGAAGAAGGUGAAGUCAUCCAGCGGCAAGACUGGAGAGAAGGGGGAGCGCGUGAGUGGCAGCCCCGGCGCGAAGUCUGCAUCCAAAAAGAGCUCGAAAUCUUUCAGCAGGACGCACAGAAAGUCCACGCCGCUCGAGCUGACCGCCCACUCCGUCCCUGCAGACCACCACGCGCUCUACAAGUCCAGGUCCGUCUCCGCCGCCAAACAAAUACCCGAGAAGCCAGCAAAGCGCGGGCAUGUGUUCGGGGGAUGCAGCUCUGACAGCAGCCCGCCCUCCGUCGCUGUGCCGGCCAGUCCCACUCUGAGCAGCUCGGCGGAAUCCAGCGACCCGCUGAGCCUGUAUGACGACGGGCUGGCAAGCGGGAAAGAAGACGCGGAGCCCGCCGCGCGCUUCAAGUACACCCGCGCGCCGUCUCCGACGCCCUCCGCCUCGCACUCGUCCUCGUCGCAGUCGUCCUCCUCGGACGAGGAGUUCGAGGACGAGCUGGCGGACCCCAGUCCCGGCUUUGACAGCUUAAGCACGUUUGGCACAGCGCCUCUGGACAGAGAUUUGGAGUUCAACUUUGAGUCUGGCUCCGGCUCGCACUUUGAGUUCCCCGACUACUGCACUCCAGAGGUGAGCGAGAUGAUAUCAGGGGACUGGCUCGAAUCGACAAUAUCAAACUUGGUGUUCACUUAUUGAGCGCUAAUAACGAGUCUGAUUGAAAGGAGAACUUUGGGGGAAAAAAAAUCUAAAUGACUGGAGGACUGCAAAAAUCCUCCGAGAUGAGUCAGAAGACGAAUCAACGACGUGAUUCCUCUUGUUUAUCAUGCAUCAGAUACUGUGGGCUCUCAUUAUCCACUGACAAGAGUGCAGAUGAAAUGUGCUUAGCUUGCUCGUUUGGUGCUGGAAGGAGGCGCGCUUUGGACGCAGAGGAAGGAAGGCGUUGCGCGGUGGCGAGUUGUGCGCCCUCUUCGACUUAAAAAGGGACGUUUUUAAAGAGAAAAAAAUGCUUGUUUUUUUUGCUGGAGGUACUGAAUGGAGGUGCUCGCGCUUGAGGUUGUUUACCAGAGUCGUUUGUUAGACCAGAAUCGCAUGCUUUCAUUACGAUUUAACCACGAAAGGCUGUUGAGAAGCGUAACUGGUGUUGAUUCAUUGAGACCGAAUGGCAGCAGCGCCGUAUCAGACGCAAAAACAAAACAAUCACUAUCACCAGCUUUUCUGUCGUCAUGACAUCAGGAUUCAGACGCAACUCAGAUGAUAUUCGACUCUUUACACUACAAAUCAGGACCAAAAUUCAUCCGAGGAGCGUUCUCUCCCUCUCUUUCUCUGCCUUUUACUUUUUUCAUCCUCGUUCUCUCGCAACAAGUAACUUUUAAGCGCUGGCAUUUUUAUAUCGAUGUAGUAUUUAUAACGGCCAAACAUUGCUCCCCUCAGUCAGUUGUGUUCUAGUCAGUCUGUUGUGUGUGUGUGUGUGUAUAGGCUACACAUGCACAUGUUCGUCUUUCUCGCGGAAGGGCUAGUUUUGUUUCGUAUUAUUUAAUUGAUGACUUCUCACAUGGAACGGAGAUUAAAUGUUUCAUUAUUUUCUGAGUGUAUUUUUGUACAAAAUCUAUCGAGGGGGUGUCAAUCGGUGAAUAUCGCUGUUUGGAUUUCCGAUUUUUAAAGCCAGGGGGUUGGGUUGUCUCCAGAAUCUGCCCCCUAAACAUGUUUACAGUGUCAAUCCACAGGCUUCUUAAAGAGACAGUAUCUACAUUUCAACGACCAAUCAUCAUUAGCCUACGAUGCGCGCGCUGAAUGAGGUUGUAUGUAGCUGCAGCGACAGCUGCGUUUUAUCGUGUCCUCAUUUGGGACACUGUACCUUUUGAAUACCGAUUUCUUUGUGCUUUUAUAGUGACGCGUUUCGGUUUGAACCACUGGAUGGAAUUACAGAUACGGUCGAAAUGCCUAUAAUUCAUGAACAAUGAAGUACAUCUUCACUCCAUAAUUGUACAAGGAUAUUUAAUCUUUUCUACUUGUUGGCUAAAUGUAGCUAAUUGUUUUAGUAUAUUAUGGCAUGGCGAAUAGCAUUUUGUAUUUCUGAAUUCAGGUUUAUGUAGAGCAGUUGUGUUUAAGGCAGAGGAUCAACAUGAAGACUUCUAUGUACAUUGACUGUAAAAUAAGUAAAAGAUUGCGUGUUUAUGUCUGACGAUGAUAUAUCAUGACAGGAACGAGAACAUAUAUCUUUAUACAUCCCUAUGUUUAAGAGUGUUGUUCAUGACUUUUGGAAUAUAUAGAUAUGUUUUAUUGUUUCAUUUUGUGCAAUAUGCUGUGUACAAUAUUGUUUUGUCUUGCCAUACCAUAUCUCAACAUUUGAGUAGUGAACUCAAAAGCCAGCCAAUUGUGUCAAGUCACUGCCUGUCAGACCUCUGUACAGAACUUUGUCUUUUUCCAAGAAGGAAAUAAAAUCAGCUGGAACUGAAUCUCA